AUGGCUACGUCCAAAACCAUAGCGGUCAUUCUAUUCCUAAUAACGCUAGUUAAGUCUAGCAACGCGGCUGAGAACGCCACAACGCAACCGCUCGCCCCAGCCAUCCUAAUCUUCGGAGAUUCAACCGUGGACACGGGCAACAACAACUACCACGCCAAUGCCAACUUCAAGGCAAACCAUAUCCCUUACGGAGUCGACCUCCCAGGGAAAGUAGCGAGCGGGAGAUUCUCAAACGGAAAGCUAUACUGCGACAUCGUGGCCUCCAAGCUUCACAUCAAAGAGCUUAUUCCUCCUUUUCUACAACCUAACCUCUCAGACGCAGAAAUCGCCACCGGGGUUAGCUUUGCAUCCGCUGGCUCAGGCUUUGACGACCAAACUAUGCUCUUGACCAAGGCCAUCCCCGUCUCACAUCAACCUACAAUGUUCAAGAGUUACAUUGAACGUCUCAAAGGUAUUGUAGGGGAGAAGAAAGCGAUGGAGAUCAUCAAUGGUGCCAUCGUGAUGGUUAGUGCGGGUACUAACGAUUUCAUCUUGAACUAUUAUGAUUUCCCCACAAGGCGUCAAGAGUAUCCUCAAGUAUCUGAUUACCAGGAUUUCGUGCUCAAGAGACUAGAUAAAUUCGUCAAGGAGCUUUACAAUUUAGGGUGCCGAAAAAUGUCGGUGGGUGGGUUGUCGCCUAUAGGCUGUUUGCCGAUCCAAAUAACCUCAAAACUCACCAGAGGCAUAUCCAGAAGAUGCAUAAACAGUGAGAACAAAGAUGCUGUCUUGUACAAUGAAAAACUUCAAAAGCUAUUGCCUACUAUUGAAGCUUCUCUUCCAGGAAGCAAGAUCUUAUACGCAAAUGUCUACGAUCCUAUGAUGGACAUGAUCAAGCACCCUGCCAAAUACGGGUUUAAGGAAACCAGGAAAGGGUGUUGCGGAACAGGGGUUUUAGAGACGAGUGACAUGUGCAAUUCCGGUUCUAAGUUGUGUUCCAAUCACUCGGAGUAUAUGUUCUUUGACUCUAUUCACCCUUCCCUCGCCACCUACACUCACCUCGCUGGUUCUUCUGCCUACUCUACCAUAUCGAAGCUUCUUGAUGCCUAA